CGACGCGAAGGAGUCGGCCAUGUUAUCGCUCAAGCAGAAGAUGAUCGGGCUGAACUUGUACUGCGGGGGCGCGCCGGCGGUGGCUCCGAGCUCUCCGGGGGUCGCCGGCCAGAGCCCCUCAGGAGGGGAAGCGGCGCCGCUGAGGGGACAUCCGGGCCCCUGGCCGCCCUCUGACGGGGCGCGGGCGCUGAUUGGCGGGGGGCCUCGCGCCGGGGCCCCCCGGUCGCUGAUUGGGCCCCUGGAGGGGGCGCCCCGCGCGCUGAUUGGCUGGCCCCGGGCGCCCUCGCCGUCGAGGCCUUCCAAGCUGCCGCUGCCCGAAGACGAGCUGGACGGCGUCGAGCCUGAGGCGGCGGCGGAGGAGGAGGAGGAGGAGGAGGAGGCGGCGGUGGUGCCCUCGCCCACCGCCUCGCUGCCCUCCAGCGACGAGGACGAGGCGGAAGCCGCGCGAGGAGACGAGCUGCGCGCAGAGACGCUGGAGGUGGUGCUGCGCUACCUGCUGGACGUGGCCGACGCCGCCGCCCUCGCCGCCAAGGCCGCCCCCGCCCGCCCCGGCGCCCCCCGCGUGGCCCGCGCCGUCCAGACGCUCCGCAGGGUGGGCGACGGCGUCCUCGGCAAGCACCAGAUGGCCUUCCAAGGAAUGCUUAAGAAGCUGGAAAUCAAGAACCAGGAUGACCUGAAGUCUGUUUCAGAAGUUGCGAUGCACGUUUUCAGCGAUGGCGUGACAAACUGGGGGCGGAUUCUGACUCUCAUCUCCUUUGGUGGCUUUGUUGCAAAACACCUGAAGAGUAUAAACCAGGAGAGCAACAUCAUUCCUUUGGCAGAAAUAAUCACCGACGUGCUGGUGAAAGACAAACGAGAAUGGCUGGUCAGUCACAAUGCUUGGGAGGGGUUCGUAAAGUUCUUCCACGUCGAGGACAUAGAAGGCAGCAUCAGGAACGUGCUGAUGGCUUUUGCGAGUGUUGCCGGCAUCGGAGCGGGCUUGGCCUACAUGAUCCGGUGAGCCGAGGGGAGCGCUCCCUGUGCGGAGCCAGCUUGGACCAUACCCUGUUCCUGCUGCAAUUGGGAAACUGAGCUGAUGGGAGAAUAAACCUCGGGAAAUCCUGUGGAGUAUUUGGUGGUGAGAACUGCCAGUUUAUAGAAGUUGGCCAACAAGGAUGUUUUGCAGGUGGGAGGAGAUCUGAAUGUAAAGAAAUUGGAGUUGGCUUCCUAGAAGCAACGCGAGAGGAAGUUAAGAGGACUCGGAGCCCAUCCGAAUGCCACUCAGACCAGCCUCCAGCUCCGUUGGGCUUGGUGUAAUAACUUGCAGAUCUGUUUGGUGGUAUUCCAUUGGCCCAGGGCCCUAAUCUUAGGCCAAGUGGUGUCUGAACUCUCAUCUCUUAAGCGGGUAGAGCUUGGGACAAAGUGGAAGAAGCAUCGCGUGGUGUGAAAAAGAAGGAUCUUCAGGUGUACACAGAAUGCCUUUACCUGUUGGUUGACGCAAUGGUGUUGUCCGUAUGGACAGUCAUGGACUUAACAACCUCAAAGAAGCAAUUCCUCAUUUGUAUUCUCUAUAAGGGCUGAUUCUUUUUGUAUGUAGCUCUGCCAUUUUGUUUCGGUCCCACCCCCCCACCCCGAAUAAGUCUUGGAAGCAUAUACUGCCAUAGCUCCCAAAGCACAUGCAGCUAUGUGAGAAGGGGCACAGACUGUAAAUAUGUUAAAACAAAGCAGUGCUCUGUACAUAUGUCUUAAACUGUACAAAGUGUACAUUUUUGCAGAGCUUUAUCUUUAGGUAAGGUUGCAAAAGAGGGUUUUGAACAUGGGAUCAGAGUCAGUUUUUGAAACGAUUCUUUAGCCCUCUUUAAAUGAGAAAUUAUGGACGUUCCUGAAAGUUCUCUGACUGAUGUGCUCAAAGUGACACGCAGUAUUUUUUGGCAUAGUCAGUUGACGCCUCCCAUUGAGCAGCUGGCUACAGCGUGAGGUCCUUUGGAUAGCCUUUUUUCCUUCCCAGUUGAGGUGGCAUUUUGAAUAGAUGCUAGGUAUUUUCUAGUUCUUUCAAAUUAAAUUUUAAGCUAAAAUUACAAACGAAUGUCAUAUUUGUCUCUAAUAAAGAAUCAAAAUGACUCCGUUUGCUUAGCAAUGCAAUUGCAUUUGAAGCACAAUCUUGAAAUUCAGGUUGUUGGGGUUUUUUUUUUUUCUUUUAAAGGUUCAGGAUGACAGUUUGUGGACUUCUUCAGGCUCUUGAACUCAGUUAUUAGAAAACAAGAGUUUUAAGUUGAUUCAAAUUGGAGUUGGUUGGACUGAGUUUUCACUGUACUGUUAAGAUUUGUUCAGACCAAACUACGACAGGUGCGAAAAACUGAAAAGCAAAGCAUAAAGAUCACGGUGCUAUCUGGCUUACUCGUUUACAUAAACUGUCUAAUACAA